CUUUUCCCGGGUCAUAAUUACUACAGCCGUCAGAUGGCGCCUGUCACUCAAAUCUAACAGAUUACUGAUAUAACGACCUACAGUCAAAGAAUACAGAAGCACUAAUGUAAUCAAUUAAACAGUGUAAAUUAUUUGAUAUAGUGUCGUUUUUUUUGAUUGGACAGGCUCAUUUCUACUGUUUAUCCAACAUGGCGGCUUCCCGGGUUGAAAAUAGUUAUGUGAGCUCGAGCUCAGAUCCUCCGUCUGCUCUGAUUUACAUAAAUAACUCCAAAAUUAGGAUCAAUAACGGGUCAUUGACUGAAAAAUCGGCAAAUAUUCAGGUCAAAGUGCAGCCGGGACAUGUCCGGGUUACAGUCACGGGAUAAUGAGUCACAGUUUCACUUCAGGUUUCAUUCGGACAGACUGACACACAGUCUGAUUCAGUUGUUUUCUGCUUCGAUGAAGACGACAUGAAAAUGCAGAAUCAACAAACCAACAAGAACCAGAAGCCCGUCCUGCCUCAGGUCCGGUACCACCCGACCAUCCAGACUGGACCACCAGCAAAAACAGGAACCAGACAAACCCACAAGACCAAACCUGGAGCUCAGACUGGGAUUAAAGCAGUCCAGCAGAACCAGGAUGCUGAUCAGACUGCUCAGGCUGAUCCGGUUCCUGCAGUGAAACGCAACCAGAAACAGACAAAGAAAGCGGAUCAGAGAGCUGCUGCAGAUCCAGAUCCUCGUCCAGCAGAUCCUCCCAGACCGGAGCAGGUCCCUGUGGGUCUGGGCGUCAGGCUGGACAGGUGUGUGGUGGAGCAGGUGGAGGUUCUGACUCGCGGACAGAGCACCAACCAGGACUGGUUCACCUGGAGGAAGAACCGGAUCACAGCUUCUGUGGCUCACCGCAUCGCUCACUGCCGCUUUGUUCAGGGGAAGAGCAAAACCCCGCCCCCCUCCUACCUGGCUGCUAUCACAGGUGAGGAGCGGCGCAUCCAGACCAGAGCCAUGAGCUGGGGGGUCCAGAUGGAGGCCGAGGUGGUCCGCAGGUACCAGAAACUGAAGAGCGCAGCGUUGCGUCGCUCCGUCUCCGUUCAGGACUGCGGUUUGUUCAUCGACGCUCAGAGGCCCUGGUUGGCUGCCAGCCCCGACGGCAUCGUGACGGACAGCCGGACCAGCCAACGGCUGCUCUGCCUGGAGGUGAAGUGUCCCUACAAACACAGACAUAGACGAGUGGAGGACGCCUGCAGGGACGACCCCGCCUUCUGUCUGGAAAUACAGAACGAGAACGGACGGGAGCCUGGGACGUCUCCGGUCUACCGUCUGAAGACGUCUCACAGUUACUUCACUCAGAUUCAGUGUCAGCUGGCAGUGACGGGUCUUCAGCAGGCCGACCUCGCCGUCUUCACAUUGAAGGAGACGGCCAUCGUCCCGGUGACCUUUGACCCCGACCUGUGGGAGGAGACGGUGUCCAAGCUGCAGGUGUUUUACAGAGACGCCUUCCUGCCUCACCUGCGAAAGAAGACGCAGCCGGACGCAGUGGGAUGGACACCGGAGCUGUAGAGAGGACGUCCUGUCGACCCCUGACCUCUCUGUGGAGGGGUUACCAUGGUAACUAGCUAGUGUAGCAACACUCCCUCUCUCCUCCUGCGCAGGACGGAGUCUGACUGCAGGACAUGGUUCGGUGUUUGGAGUUUGUUCCAGGAAAACAGAAACAUCAUCUCAUGUUUAUCAUGUUACAAGAACUCGUUACUACAAAACAAAUAUUCUGUUUAACAAGAAACUUUAUUUCAUAAAAUCAACAUCUCAUUAAAACAACGUUUUCUUCUC